GCUGACUCCAGGACUUGGGCCAUCUAUAAAGCUUGGCAAUGGAAAAUAAGGAAAUUCUCAAGGAGGAAGAGUUGUUGAGCCGUGCCCAAGGACCAGCAGCUUUUCACCAAACUGCGAUGGAGAGCUUCGAUAUCAGUGAUCCAAAGCCCAGGAAGAGAAAUGGGGUGAACUUCUCCAUAGCUAUGGUGGCCAUCUACCUGAUUCUGCUCACCACGGGCGCCGGGCUGCUGGUGGUUCGAGUUCUGAACCUGCAGGAGCGGCUCCGGGCCCUGGAGGAGAUGUACCUCCCCAAUGGAACGCUGGCCACUGAGGACAGCCCGUCCUUUUCCUUGCUGCAGUCGGCGCACCCCGCAGCACACCUGCCUCCGGGUGCAUCGGGGCUGCAAGUCCUUCGGGCCCAGCUCUCCCAGGUCCGCAUCAGCCAGGCACACCUGCUGCAGCGGGUAGACAACUUCACUCGGAACCGAGAGCUCUUCGGGAUCAAAGGGGAACGAGGCACCGCAGGUCCCCCAGGACCCCAGGGCCCACCAGGAAUCAAGGGAGAGGCCGGCCUGCGAGGACCACAGGGCGCGCCAGGGAAGCUGGGAGCCCCUGGCGCCCCGGGACGCCAAGGAGAGAAGGGCAGUAAAGGCGACGGGGGUCUUGUUGGCCCGAAAGGGGAGACCGGAUUGAAGGGAGACAAAGGAGACCUGGGCCUCCCAGGAAGCAAAGGGGACAUGGGCGUGAAAGGAGACACAGGGGCCAUGGGGCCCCCUGGAGCCCAGGGGAGUAAAGGUGACUCCGGGAAGCCAGGCCCGCCAGGUUUGGCUGGUUUUCCUGGAGCCAAAGGAGAUCAAGGACAACCAGGAGCACAGGGAGUUCCAGGCCCUCCCGGUGCAGCGGGACACCCAGGUGCCAAGGGUGAGCCUGGCAGCGCAGGCUCCCCGGGGCAGACAGGACCACCGGGGAGUCCCGGGAGUCCAGGAGCCUUGGGUCUUAAAGGAACCAAAGGGGACACAGGACUUCAAGGACAGAAAGGAACAAAAGGAGAAUCAGGAGUUCCAGGCCCCACAGGCAGUAAAGGGGAACAGGGAAGCCCCGGGCUGGCAGGCCCCAAGGGAGCACCUGGACCAGCUGGCCAAAAAGGAGACCCAGGAGAGAAAGGGUCUUCUGGACAGCAAGGACUAAAGGGACAAAAAGGUCAAAAAGGUGAAUCCCUGAUCUCCGUCAGGAUCGUCGGCAGUAGCACUCGAGGCCGGGCUGAAGUUCUCUAUAACAAUAUAUGGGGGACGAUUUGCGAUGAUGACUGGGGCAAUUCCGAUGCCACCGUCUUCUGCCGCAUGCUGGGCUACACCAGCGGAAGGGCCCUUUACAAAGUGGGAGCUGGCACGGGGCAGAUCUGGCUGGAUGAUGUCGCCUGUGACGGGACAGAGAGCAGCCUGUGGUACUGCAGGAAGAGCAGCUGGGGCUCCCACAACUGCAACCACAGUGAGGAUGCGGGCGUGGAGUGCAGCACGUGACCUGGAAGCCCUUCCCCGCUCUGCCCUGUCCGCUGCUCACGCGGGAGAAGGCAGUGCUCUCUGAAGGGUUCCCUGGGAGCGGCUGAGAAGCCUCUGCGGAGGGGUCUUUAAUAAAGCUCAAAGUGUUACCUGGCAACAUCGCAGGCUGUGGCUG